GCCACCGUCGCUAACUUAUGCGCUGCCCGUUUCCGCGAUGCUGCUUGCAUUUCCUUCGCUCACUGCCUUUUAAAUUACAAGGGCUUCCUAGCCAUCCAGGCUCAUAGAUUGGCACAUAAGCUAUGGCUACAGAACAGAAAACCAAUAGCAUUGUCACUGCAAUCUAGGAUCGCGGAUGUGUUCUCGGUGGAUAUACACCCUGCAGCUAAGAUAGGGAAGGGGAUAUUUCUAGACCACGCAACCGGAGUGGUGAUUGGAGAGACAGCAAUAAUAGGGAACAAUGUGUCAAUGCUGCACCAAGUCACAUUAGGUGGGAUCGGGAAGGCUGGUGGUGAUAGACAUCCAAAGAUCGGAGAUGGGGUCUUGAUUGGGGCAGGGGCCACGAUAUUGGGAAAUGUGAGGAUUGGCGAGGGAGCGAAAAUUGGUGCUGAUUGAUGUGCCACCACGGACCACUGCAGUUGGAAGUCCUGCUAGGCUAGUGGGUGGGAAAGAACAGCCAAGUGUUCAUGAAGAUGUUCCUGGGGAGUCCAUGGAUCACACUUCCUUUAUUUGUCAGUGGUCAGACUAUAUUAUAUAGUCAUUGUUGUCGCCAAGAAAUCUGUACUAGCGUCUAUAUUAUCAACCGGUGCAA